AUGGUGACGUCAAAACAGCUGUUUGACAAUUUUUUCGUAGUUGUUAUGAUAUAUGAAUAUACAAAAAAAAAUCUUAGAUAAAUCUGGAUUCCGAAAAUGCGUAAAAGUUAACAAAAACAUGUGCAAGCGAACAUGAACACGUCUAUUGUUGAAACAACUAACGAUCUGAAGUUGGCGUUGAGUGGCCUAAGAGCACGUUUUCAUGCGAGUUUAUGGCGUUCUUUCGAAACGAGACGCAACGUGUAAUCACACUCAAUCAACACCGUGUGUUUUGAUGCGACAGUUGGUGAUAGGCAGCCGCAAGUUGAGUGUACUGCUACGUACGAUCCUUGGUCUUUAGGGCGGAGAAGUAGAUAAGUCAGACAACAGUAAGGCUAGCCAGCUCGUAAAACAUUUUUUUUCCAGAAGUUUACUGAAAUCAACGUUAUUCGUUCAAGAUGAAGAAAAAGGUGUUGCUGAUGGGCAAGAGUGGGUCUGGGAAGACAAGUAUGCGAAGCAUUAUUUUCGCCAACUAUAUCGCUCGUGAUACCCAUCGUCUAGGAGCAACAAUUGAUGUAGAACAUUCCCAUGUUCGUUUUCUCGGCAAUUUGGUUCUGAACUUGUGGGACUGCGGUGGACAGGAGGCAUUCAUGGAAAAUUACUUUGCGUCGCAACGCGAUAACAUAUUUAGAAAUGUCGAGGUGUUGAUUUAUGUCUUCGAUGUGGAGUCGAGAGAACUGGACAAGGAUAUGCAUUAUUACCAGAGCUGCUUGGAGGCAAUACUGCAGAACAGCCCGGAGGCAAAGAUAUUUUGUCUGGUUCACAAAAUGGAUCUUGUGCAGGAGGACCAGCGUGAUUAUAUAUUCAGGGAAAGGGAGGAAGAUCUGAAAAGACUGAGUUUGCCUUUAGACUGUACCUGCUUUCGCACUAGCAUAUGGGAUGAAACAUUAUAUAGAGCAUGGUCGUCCAUAGUAUAUAUGCUGAUUCCCAAUGUAAAAGAGCUUGAGCAGAGCUUGAAUCAGUUUGCCAACAUUAUUGACGCGGAUGAAGUUCUUCUGUUUGAAAGAGCAACCUUCCUAGUGAUAAGUCAUUGCCAGCGAAAGUUUCACAGAGACGUUCAUCGCUUUGAGAAAGUUUCCAAUAUCAUAAAGCAAUUCAAACUGAGUUGCAGCAAGUUAGCGGCGCAAUUUCAAAGUAUGGAAGUUAGAAAUACCAAUUUUGCGGCCUUCAUUGAUAUAUUUACCUCGAAUACGUACGUGAUGGUCAUCAUGUCCGAUCCAACUAUACCAUCUGCGGCGACGUUAAUCAACAUACGCAACGCGCGGAAACAUUUUGAAAAGUUGGAGCGCGCCAGCCAGAGCUCGGCGUUAUCCAGAUAGAAGUCGGCGCGACCCAGGCGCCUCGUCACCCGGGUCCAUCCUGUUAAUAACUGCUGAAUUUCUGGGAUCGUAUCGUGUUAAGAUAUAGCGCGAUCGUGCGGGGAUUUGUUGACGAGAUCGGAAUCACAAAGUAUACUUCAAUGUAUGGCUUUCAACGUGAGCGUUUAUGACAAAAUAAGUAAUAUAUAACGACGUGUCCGAAAGAGGCUGACGGUUAUCGCUAUAUUUCAGGUAUAUUAGGACUAUCGAUAUGAAUUCAUCCCACAUGUUGCGCGCAGAUGCAUUGCGAUCAUAGUGCAUCUGUAAUUUAUCGACGUAGAAUAAUUUCCAUACGCGUGGUUCUCUUGCUUCAUUUCUAGACAGUUAUUAUGGAAUUGUUCGAAAUGGAUUUCAAUCAGAAUUAUUCAUUUAUUCUGUACAUUUCUGUUGUGUUUUUUAGGGAAAACGAAACAAUGGAUCGAAAUUCGUUUCGAACAGUUUGAUAGUACGUACUCUGAAAUAAUUUUUUAUUUACGAUUCAAUGAAACGUGUCGCAAUAACAUCCAACGAAUGUUAUAAUUAUAAAUAAAUCAUUGCAACCAUACGUUGUUCUUUUUUGCAUGCAUCACGAUCUCAUAGUAUAAGACUGAGUGUUCACUUGAGAGCUUCUGUUCGCGAUGAUCUACGACAAUAUAAGUUUCCUGUGAAUAUAAUACAUAUCGAUACCGCUCUCUCCUUUAAUUAUGUAUUCACUAAUUUCAAUUUUACUCUUAAAGAUUGUUCUUGAAUAUAAAAGAAGCUUUCAAGUGGACGUGAAGCUUAUUGCAUCGGAGUAUCGUAGCGUUGUAAGAUGGAUAAAUAGUUAAUGUCACUUUCGUAGGAAAAGGUUGUAUGUUGUAUUUGUAUAUUUACAACCUUAAAAAUGAUGCAAGGUUUACAUACGAGAUGUAAUAAAACUACAAUGUAUUUUUUAAA